UCACCUUUCGUCACUUCCGCACCUGCGCAGUCGUCGUAUACAUUUAGCAAAGAACGGUCACAGAAAGGCAGAAAGAGAGAAAAUAUACUAACCUAACCGGAGGAAACGAUUUUAUGUCCUUAAGGAUUAAAGCUAUAAGAGCCGAUAGACGCCGACUACAGCGGAGGAGUCAGAGCAGUGACGGGGACGGUAAACAACCGUCGAUGUGCCUCUGAUAUCCGGACAUACAAGUCAUCUUUUUUUCCUGAGUAGGAAGAGCCGAGUCGCCGACAGAGAAACACAUCCAGACUGAAACAUGAAUCCCGAAUAUGACUAUCUGUUCAAGCUCCUGCUCAUUGGAGACUCUGGUGUAGGAAAGUCUUGUCUUCUACUGCGUUUUGCUGAUGACACCUACACAGAGAGCUACAUCAGCACCAUUGGAGUGGACUUUAAGAUUCGCACCAUCGAGCUGGAUGGCAAGACCAUCAAAUUGCAGAUUUGGGACACUGCAGGCCAGGAGAGGUUUCGUACUAUCACCUCCAGUUACUAUCGUGGAGCCCAUGGCAUCAUAGUUGUUUAUGAUGUGACAGACCAAGAGUCCUAUAACAAUGUCAAGCAGUGGCUUCAGGAAAUCGACCGAUAUGCCAGUGAAAAUGUCAAUAAACUUCUGGUGGGCAACAAGUGUGACCUGACGACUAAGAAAGUAGUGGACUACACAACUGCUAAGGAGUUUGCUGACUCUUUGGUGAUCCCCUUUCUGGAGACCAGUGCCAAGAAUGCCACAAACGUAGAGCAGGCUUUCAUGACCAUGGCAGCCGAGAUCAAGAAGCGCAUGGGCCCCGGGGCCACAGCUGGCGGGGACAAGCCCAACUUAAAAAUCGAUAGCACCCCCGUCAGGCAGUCCGGAGGGGGCUGCUGUUAAAGGACCUACAACCACAACCAUCUCAGUGAUUUCUCUACUCUGUUCCCUCCCAUCACCCGUAGAACUCACACCCCACCAUAUAACCCACUCCCACUCCCGACUCUCCCCCCGUGACCUGCUCGGACAGAGGUCUAAACUGCAAAGUCAGAUUGAAUCUGUAUGAGGGUUAAUUCAGACCUGUUUGAUUAGACAGAGAGGAAACAACCAGGAAACACUGAGACGAUUUGAUCUUUUGCCGUGGAGGCAGAAGGAAAUGAGAGAUGGCAGAUUGGCAUUAAUUUAGAACGACAUGGAGAUAAAAGAUUCAAAUUCAAGUGAGGUUAUUGCUACGAAACACACAGACACACGAGUUACAAAUAUUAAAGCCGUUUGGCCAAAUGCA